AUGGCAGCAACGGCGACACGGCAGAUCGCGUUCAUCCUCUCGCUCGUCGCCGCCUCCGCCCAUGUCGCCAUAGGCACUACGCCCGUCAUCAACGCCACAUGUGCCGCGGUCUCCCACAACUCCACCAAGCAUACCGAGUACGCCUAUUGUGUGGGUGCCCUCUCGGCGGACCCGGCGGCUUCGUCCGCCACCGACGCCCGCGAGCUAGCGGCCGCUGCAGUGAACCUCACCGUCGCCAACAUCACAGACACCAAGCACAUCAUCUCCGACCUCCUCAUGAAUCUCGGAGGAUGUCUCCAAUAUUACGGAGAGAUGAACGAUAUUAUGUCCCGCGUGCUUGACGACAUCCGCGCUGGGCACGUCGCCGAAGCCUCCAAGAAGCUCUUGGGAAUGGUGAACGAUGACUUGAGCAGUUUGUGCGACCUUAUCUUAGUAGAGGGAUAUGCAAAGAGGGACCCUAUACGUCUGGAGAACCAAAACGUCUACCUCGUGUCUGCCAUGGCAUCCGACAUCACGGAGCUGCUGCUGCGCUCACAAGCAUUACCACCCGAAGUUUCAAACUGA